AUGACUGGCGCAUCUCUCAAGAUCGGGAUCGUGGGUGCUGGCGUGGCUGGCCUGAGUGCUGCUAUCGCCCUGAGAAAAGUCGGCCACGAUGUAGAGGUCUUUGAAAGAUCGCAAUUUAAGAACGAAGCUGGAGCGGCCGUAUCCAUUCCUCCCAACGGAGGGCGGAUUCUGGAGCACUGGAACUUCGACUCUGUCAAGGCCGGAGGAAUCGACAAUGUCCAAGUCCGGCGGCCGAAGGGCGACACAUUGGAGCCCAUGGCCCCAACUCUAUCAUUUGCUGAUGUGAAGGAGAAGUUUGGCACUAGGUGGCUCUUCUAUCACCGUGUCGACAUGCACCGAACUCUGCGUGAACUGGCCGAAGCCCAGGGCGCCAACAUCCGCCUCGGCUGCAAGGUGGUAGAUGUCGACAUUGAUGCCGGUAUCAUCCACAUCGAGGGUGGCGCUACGCACCAAAAAGACCUCGUUGUUGUGGCCGAUGGACAGCACGAUCAGAUUAACGCCAAGGUCACCGGGGUCGAGGUCCCUAUGCAGCGUUCUGGCCAAACCGCCUACCGCUGCCUGAUUCCCAUGGAGGACAUCAUGGCAGAUGAAGAGACUAAGCACCUUUUCGAAAACCAGCCUCCAGGUUUCUGGGCUCCUGCUCUCCCUGCCAGAGGUGUUAUGGUCGUUACAUACCCAUGUCGCGACAACAAAAUCCUCAACGUUCUGGCUGUAUCCCGGUCGCUUGCCACACAUGGCACAAACGAGGACGAGAUUAUCAAAGACUGGAACUUUCCUGCCACACACGAGGAUCUGGAAAAGGUCUUGGACGGAUUUCACCCGCACGUCAAGAAGGCCUUUCUCAAAGCCCCAGAGGUAAAGGUAUACACCCAGAUGAAGCGCCAACCUCUCAACAAAAUGACCAAGGGCAAGACCGUGCUCAUCGGCGAUGCUUGCCACCCGAUGCUCCUGACCCAUGCUCAGGGUGUGUCUUCGUCAAUCGAAGAUGCUGCUGCUCUGGAACUGUUCUUGGACAAUCUUCCAUCAUCGCUGUCGGUUGAGUCCGCGCCAUCAGAUGUUCUGCUCCAGCGUCUGCAGCAGUUUGAGAAGUUCCGCUUGGGCCGAGUCUCAGCCACGCAGAUUUUGACCGAGCCUAUCAUCCCCGGACCCAAUGCGAUGGAUAAUUUCAAGAAGCAGGAAGAGAGUAUUCGUCAGUACUACGAUGGCCCUCUCCCACCUCUUGGUUCUAUGCCUCACAGCCCUGGUAUUUGUGAGUUCUUCUUCGGCUACGAUGUACGGAAGGAGGCCACAAAGUUCUUGGAGGAGAACCCACUCACCACACUUUCUUCGACAUUGAGCGCCGUUCCGGUUCCUGUUACGUCCGCCACCCCCAAUGUCUCUCACAAGGCCCCUCGCGUUGUCGAGCAGCCACCCUCUGAGCCCUCCGCCCAGGAUCUCGAGGCGCAAAGGGUUGUUCAAGAAGCCCAGAACGCGCUCGUAGCCGCCCAGGCUGCCCUUGUUCAAGUCAACCAGACCCUCGCGGCCGCGCAAAAGGCCCUCGAGCUCGCCACAAAGAACCUACGAGUCAGCCAACAACCAACGCAAUUGGUUCCUCCUAAAACAGCUGUGAGUACCGUCUCGUCGAAUGCAACAGAGCCCCAGCAAGCAUCACAGUCAUCCACACUUCGGCCGGCGAAGCCGAAGAAGAUGAAGUCAUUUGAUACCCUUCGAAAUAAGAUGUCAGGCGUCUUUUCAGGCUCGCUUGUGUCGGUCAAGGAGGUACCGCAAACCCCUCCAAAGACACCACCCAGCGAGAACGCACCGCUGACAACUGGCGUCAAGGCAUAA